AUGUCUUGUAAUACGGAUUACAGGUGCCAAGAUGAUGUUUUUAAAGCAGCUACUAACGGACGAUUGGGAUCUGCAUCUAUUUUAUCAUCAUCGUUAGAAAGUCAACCAUAUUUUAAUCCUCUGGGUCAACAGACUCAACAUCAAAAUCAAGCAGUUCGAAAUUCAGUGCAACUCAGUCAAAAAUCAAUUUGCAUGUCGAAUGGACUUUUUGACUGUAACGAAGGAGUAUUUAAUUGUGACGAAAGAAAUGAAAAUAUCAAAAUUGAUUCUGGUGGAGAAACGUUGGCUACUACAGUCUCUUCAGGGCAUAUGAUGUACACAGUACAUCGAGUGGUUACAACAUCCCAAAUUCAAACCGCACUUGGGAAUACUUAUGCUUCUUCUUCUAGUGUUUCGAGCGUUGUUAGUGCUCUUCGAAACGAUAAUUUGGUAUCUCCUACUAGUAUAUCUACAAGUUUGACAACUAUACCUGGAAACGGUAUUGCAGGAAUUUCAGGCAAUGUUUUAAGCAAAAUGGAUGAUAACUCGAAUACAGCCAACAACGUUAUAAUAAGCGGAUCGGGUAUAUCAGAUCCGCAUCCAUCUGAAGGUACAGAAAAUAACAGUUAUUGCAUAAUUUUUGACUAA